CCGCCUCCCGGAGUUGGUGGAGAACGUCUGGAGCAGCAUUUAAAUACUGGGAGGUUAGGGUUGUCAGCAGCAGGAAGAGGAGCCAGAGAGCACAGCAUCUUCUGGCACUGGUCUCUCAGGUCACUCUCAGCCUUCUCCACCAGACACCAGCCAAGGAAAGGUCACUACCAUGAGAUUUGCAGUGAUUUUCUUUUGCCUAGUAGGCAUCGCCUACUCCUUCCCAGUUAAACAGGCUGAUUCUGGCAGCUCUGAAGAAAGGCAGCUUUACAACAAACACCCAGAUGCUGUGGCCACAUGGCUAAAGCCUGAUCCAUCACAGAAGCAGAAUCUCCUAGCCCCACAGAAUGCUGUGUCCUCUGAAGAAAGGGAUGACUUUAAACAAGAGACCCUCCCAAGUAAGUCCAAUGAAAGUCAUGACCACAUGGACGAUGUGGAUGAUGACGAUGAUGGAGACCACGUGAACAACCAGGACUCUACUGACUCAGAUGACUCUGAUGAGGAUGAUUCUCACCAUUCCGAUGAGUCUCACCAUUCUGAUGAAUCAGAUGAAGUGGUCACUGAAUCUCCCACUGAUGGUCCAGACACCCCGGUUUUCACUCAGAUUGUCCCCACAGUAGAAACCUAUGAUGGCCGAGGAGAUAGCGUAGAUUAUGGAGUGAGGUCAAAGUCUAAGAAGUUCUACAUUUCUGAAGUCCAGUAUCCUGAUGCUACAGACGAGGAUCUCACCUCACACAUGGAGAGCUCAGAGCUGAACGAUGCUCACAAGGCCAUCCCUGUUGCCCACCGCCUGAAAGUGCCCUCUGAUUGGGACAGCCAUGGGAAGGACAGUCAUGAAACCAGUCAGCUGGAUGACCACAGUGUGGAAACCCACAGCCAAGAGCAGACCAGGGAAUACAAGAGGAACGCCCGUGAUAACAGCAGUGAGCACUCUGAUGUGAUUGACAGUCAGGAAAGUUCCAGAGUCAGUCAGGAAUUCCAAAGCCACGAAUCUCAUAGUAAGGAAGACAAGCUGGUCCUAGACCCUAAGAGUAAGGAAGAUAAACACCUGAUAUUUCAUGUUUCUCAUGAAAUAGAGAGUGCAUCCUCUGAGGUCAAUUAAAAA